GCACUUUUAGCAAUCAUGGCAAUGUACUGUAAGUCACAUCCACUCUCAAGAUGUCGCGGAUGCCAUAUUUUUGACCCUCCAUUUCGGCCACUGGAUUACGCCGAUUACGAGGAGUCAGAGCGACUUGAUACAAGCUCUAUCUGCCCGUGGACCACUAUUAUGAUAGAUGACGUAGAGCGUGUUCCCCGGAAACUCCCCUCCACCACGUGCACCCGAUCCUCGGUAGUGUUUGAACUGAAUGGAACCCCCGUGGAAUAUGACUGUGAAUUAAUAGAAGUGAAUGUUCCGGUACUCAAGUACCGACGAUCUUUAGACUACUGGGAACGAAGUGAGGAACCUGUAUCUGUCGCAUGCACAGCUGUCCGGAAACAAAGCUAACGUUACCACAUCCUAGGUUGUAUCUUUAUUGACAAUAUGUGCUGAAAUAUAUUUG